GAGGGUGGUUAAAGCAUGUGUGUUUCAGCAAAUACUGUCUGAGAGCAGCUGGGCAGGGCAGGACUCACAGGCCAAUGACAUCAUCCAUGAAGAAGGAGAGACAGUCGAAAGCGCACAAGCAAUCUCUCCUCAGGCAGUAAGAGGAAGCAGGCCCGCUCAGAGCAGGAGGCGGAGAGCAGCAGCAGCAUGAGAGCGGGAGAAUGUCUGAGAGGCGGAGGUGCACACAGUGCUGAGCUGACUUUGACAAGGAUAUAGGACGCGGUCUGGGAAUUUUUCUUCUUUUGUUUUCCUCUCCUCUUUCAUUACUCCAUCCCUCCCCCUCCCCACUCCCCUCUUUCCUCCAUCCUCUGAAAGUUAUCCCCUCUCUGAGCUCCUGCUUCAGGCGGCUCCUCCGGGCAUGCUCCUUAAGCCAAAGUAUGACCGCUUUCGCAACGAGUCUGUAACCUCCUCUGACGACCUGAUGCAGAGCUUAGCCAUGAGCAGCAAAGUCGUGGCCACACCGGGGGUCUCCUCCUCCGCACAGAGUCUCCCCCUGCCUCCUUUGCCUCCUCUGGAUCCCAGCGCCAGGUCUUCCUCCUUGGUUGGGGCCGCAGCACUGGCAGACUCCCCCUGCCUGGAUGGGGAGCAGGAGGCCACCACAACCUUCUGCAUGCUCAUCCCCAAGAUGCCCCAGUGGAAGUUCUCCAACUCCUUACUCAGCAGAAGCCCAUCCAGCUCCAGCUCUAGCAAGGACUCAACCAAGACAGCUUCUUCCCAGGCCUCAUCUUCAUCACCAUCAAACAGGACCAAUGGGGCGAGCCCAGCCAGCGGCCCUGUGGCCAGCCUUGCGGCCGUACUUAACUCCUGUGACCCUGUCUGUGUCACCCCCUGUUCCCUACAGGCCAUCCGAGGGCAGCGGGCCGUAGCACAAGCUGCAGCCUCUGGAGGUCCAGCAGGACAUGGAUUUGGGGUUGCAGCAGAGGUCAUGGUGAGCCCUGGUGUCUCCAGCAGCUCCAGGUCAGGGAUGAACCGCAGGACAAGGGUGGAGGGCAUGUGGCUGGGGGGAGAUGAGCUCCACACCAAGGGCAGCUUCAUCCACAAGCCCUCUCAGGGUUGGCUGCACCCAGACAAGAAAAUUGUGGGACAAGGAGCUUCUUACAUUGUUAGGUAUAUGGGUUGCAUUGAAGUGCUGAAGUCAAUGCGCUCCCUGGACUUCAACACACGGACUCAGGUGACAAGGGAAGCCAUCAACAGGCUUUGUGAGGCAGUGCCUGGUGGAAAGGGGGCUUGGAGGAAAAAGACCCCAAAUAAAGCUCUACAGUCAGUCAUGGGCAAGAGUAACCUACGAUUUGCAGGCAUGAACAUCGCUGUCAACAUUUCUGUAGAUGGCCUUGGACUUCUCGUCCCAACUACACGACAGGUGAUUGCACACCAUCCCAUGCAGUCCAUCUCAUUUGCCUCUGGAGGAGACACAGACACACCAGAUUAUGUUGCAUAUGUAGCCAAAGAUCCAGUAAAUCAAAGAGCAUGUCACAUCCUGGAGUGUUCGGAUGGCUUAGCCCAGAGUGUCAUCAACACCAUUGGCCAGGCUUUUGAGCUGCAGUUCAAACAGUAUCUACACAGCCCUCCUAAAACCAUGUCAUCUGUUGAGAGGCCUGUCAGGACAGAGGAGCCGGUGUGGGGCGAGGACGAAGAUGCAUCAGAGCAUGAUUACUACAACAGCAUCCCUGGGAAGGAGCCUCCUGUUGGGGGACUCGUGGACUCUAGGCUGAGGCCCAGUGGGGCCCUGCUGGGUCACAUCCACACCCAGCCACAAAGCAAGGCAGCAACUCAGAUGGGCUCACAGGUCAGGAGAGAGCAGGGAUCUUAUCCACCCGGUCAACUCUGUUAUGAGCUUCAUUGGGACACUGAGACAACCUGUGGCUCAGAUGGUUACUUGUGUGCUGAUGGUCAGCCACCAGGCAGCAAGGACUAUGAAGAGCACCAGUAUGUAAAUACACAAAGUUUGGAAAACCUUGAAUCUUUUACACAUGGAGCAGGUGGACUUAAAGGGGCUAGAGCACAUGAUAGUCCCAAAAAGGACCUCUUUGAUAUGAGGCCCUUCGAGGAUGCCCUAAAGCUCCAUGAGGCAUGUGGAGGAGCUGUUGGGUCCGGUGUAUUAGUGGGUUCUGGUUCUCAGGUUGGUGGUGGGGGUGUUCGAAACGUAGAGGAUCAGUGGCCGAGCCCGCCUAGACGCAGAGCCCCCGUGGCCCCAAACGAGGAGCAACUACGCAGGGAAACGUGGUACCACAGUCGCAUGAGCCGGAGAGACGCAGAGAAGCUCCUGGUUCGAGAUGGGGACUUCCUGGUCCGUGAGAGCACCACCAACCCUGGUCAGUACGUGCUAACAGGCAUGCACUGUGGCCUGCCCAAACACCUGCUGCUAGUGGACCCGGAAGGCGUAGUCCGAACUAAAGACAUGUUGUUUGAGAGUAUAAGCCAUCUUAUAACGUACCACUUGAAGAACGAGCUGCCAAUUGUUGCAGCGGAAAGUGAGCUUCAUCUUAAACAAGCUGUCCGGAGGAAACAGUGAACCACCCGGGUUGUUGUGAGAUGCUGAAUUCGUCUGGACUCUGGGAAACAUUUGGCCUAAGAACUGAAUAGAUGGUUUAUUUUCAUCCUGAAAGAACACUUCUACUUUUUUGCCUUGAACAUACUUCCCAUGAAAGUGCAGAAUCAAGUCAAGCUCCUUCUUUCCUCUGGCUGUCAGUCUAAACCAAACGUUUAAGUGUACGUCAUAAAUGCCUCGACAUGCGGACAUUAAGCGAACCAGAAUCCAGAAUGCCACAUCAUUAAGCAUAACAAACUAACAAGUGCUUCCAGUAAUCCACAACCACCGGCCGUUCUUUCCGCCAACAGUGAACUUGACCUGAGGAAAAACUGAAACCGAUUAUCUGUCACAGAUAUAAACUCAAGACAUGUCAGCCUUCAGAUUGAGAAGCAAAUUUCUCCAAAUAUGCAGAAAAUGACUGUAGGUUUGUGUCUCUGAGAACAGAAGGCCGUCUCUCUCUUUGGGAUGCAAUGACUUGCUGUUUUUACAUCGGUCUCCAAUAUCUGAGAAGGCACAAAGAAGAAACACUGAUUCGGUGUUCGAUGUACGAGCUGCACACGCUUAUGUACUUUAUAUUUUGCCACAGUAUCAGCAAAACAUGACGCUUUUCUACAUUUUCAUCAAUUAACAAAUAUGGUCUUGUUUGCUGUUUGUAAGGAGUUUAUCGCAUUAUAAUUAACUUACACAAGCCUGUGACCGAGCGGACUUACUCUGCGAUGAAUCCUCUAUCCUGAGUCAAAGCUAAUGUCUUCAUUUCUAUCUAACUGUGCAGGUACAUCUCAAUGAAUUGGAAUAUCUGAAAUAAUUUAAGUCUGUAAUACAAUUAAGAGUGAAAUUUAUAUAUUCUAUAGAUCCACCAUCACACAUAGUGACAUCUUCUAAGCAUUUAUUUAUGUUAAUCUUAUUGAUUAUGACUUAUAGCUGCUUAAGUUCCAAAAGAAAAAAAAAUCUAAAUAUUAAGAAUAAAAAAAAAAUAAAAUUAAUUACAACCAAGAAAUGUUAUAUUACAAUCAUGUUGUGCCCUCUACAAUAAUAGUAUAGGUGAGAACACCGACGUAACCAGCAGAAGAAUAAGUCACAAAACGUCACUGCUAAAGUAGCUGGCUGUACAGAAAGUGCUGUGUCCAGUGAAGGUGACACACAGGUGAAUCACAGGACGUUGAAUAUGUCUUGUAUUCAAAUUGCUCCUGCAAUAGAGACAUAUGAAGCGUCAUACUGGUCCAAAGUCAUCAUUUUAGAUGAAAGUAAACUUUUAUUUUCAUUUGAAAAUGUAGGUUCCAGAGUCUGGAGGAAGAGUGAAGAGGCACAGCCAUCAACUGGUGUUGGUCCACUGUGUUUUUUCCAAGUUCAAAAUCAACGCAGUCGUCUGUCUAUCAGGGAAUUUUAGCGCAACUCAGUCUGCCCUCUACUUACAAGCUGUAAAGAAAUGCUGAUUUCAUUUUUCAGGAGAAUUUGGCAACUGCCUACACUGCCAAAAGUACCUAUACCUGCUUUAAUGACCGUGGUAACACUUUGCUUAUUUGGGCAGACCACUGUCCUUACCUGAACCUCAGACAGAAGUUUAAGUCAGGAGUUUUACUUUUUGAGUUGAAUAACUAAAUGAAAGUUUUAAUUCCAUUAUUUGUUGAGAGGUACCUGCAUGUAUUUUUUCCAGUGCCUUAAUAACUACACUGGCAGACAUUUGUCUCAGUGUACAUAAUGUGCAGUUCUGCACUCAUUGCAAAAGGACUACAUUUUCUUGUCAUGCCAACGAAAAGAUAAACAAAGUUCAGGAUUAUUAAGCUGUUAUAUUUGUAAACAGUGAUGUAAGCUGCUCCUGUUUUCUGCUAGAUAAUCACAGUCUUUCAGCUGUUUUUAUUAUUAAUCUCUUUUGUGAGAUCCUCAGAAAAGACAUCCUUUCCUUUCACCGAUUGCUUUUCUCUGCAGUGAUUGGACGUAAAAUAGUGAUAAGGAUGUGCAAUCCCUCCAUUUGUCCAGGCUCAGGAAAAUUCGGUACUUUAACGAUCACGUCUGUGUCCACGUCUUUAUAUUUAAGCUAAACAGGUUUGUGUUGUUUCUUCAGGGCACACCAGGAAGUGGCUCAUUACAUCUGUAUCACUGUAGUACUUUUGGAUUAUUUUUUUCUUCUUCUGUGUAUCAAGGACAAAAUUAAAUUAGAUAAAUCUUUUGAUGAGAUCAGAAUGUGAAUAUUUGUUAAUGCUUUUUACCCCACCUUUGUGUUCUCAGGAAUUUCUCAAAAAAAAAAAAAAAUCCCCUUCUUCACUCUUAUGUUUAGUCAAUAAAAUAAAUUAUGAAAGGGUACAGAUAAAAUAGUGUGUUGUUAAUCGUGACUCCUUAACUUUCUUCAUUGACAGUCACUUGUCCCCACCUGCUAGUAUCAAUAAAAAUAUUAUCCAGAGGGGAAUGGUCAAA